AUGGAUAGGAUAAGUCUGUUGCCUGAUGAGCUACUUUUGAAGAUAUUGUCGUCUCUGCCUAGUACUAAACAUGUUGUGGCGACGAUGGUUUUGUCUAAACGGUGGCAGCCGCUUUGGAUGAUGGUGCCAAAACUCGUCUCUGAUUUUGGAGAUAUCCCGCUGUGGACUAGAGCUGCAGAGAAACACUCUCUGCGCGAGCUGGUUAUCGAUAUCGACAGCUCUUCUAGUGCAUCUCCGGCCCUACUUCCGAGGAGUUUGUACACAGAGUGCAGAAUGCUUGUGAGGUUGAAGCUAGAUGCCGUGAUUCUUGUGGAUGUUGCUUCACCGGUUUCUUUCCCCACCCUCAAAUGCAUGACACUUUACUCCGUGAAGUACCCUGGUGAUGAGUUUGUCAAGAGGUUUCUAUCAAAUUGUCCUGUUCUUGAACGCUUGGAUGUUGAUCAGUGUCCCGGUGACAAUGUGACCGUUUUCACCGCUAGAGUGCCUUCUCUCAAGAGAUUAUACUUGCAUAAAUCAACAGACGCAGAUUUGGAUGAUGCAGAGGGGUUUGUGAUAGACGCUCCUUCUUUGAAGUACUUGGGCAUUACUGAUACUACCGGUGGAUUUUGUGUCAUUGAGAAUGAAAUGCCUAAUAUUGUAAAGGCAGAUGUUGAUGUUGGUUAUGAGUCUUUUAGCAAGAUGUUGGGUUCAAUAACUUCAGUCAAGCGUCUCGAUUUAUGUUUACUAUCCUCAAAGGAUCUAUAUCCUGUUGGCAGUGUCUUCCACCGUCUGAUACAUUUGAAGAUAUGCACUUGUGAACCAGAGUGGUUGAAUCUAUGUAUGUGUCUGCUCAGGGAUUCCCCUAAAUUACAGUCUCUCGAACUUGAACAGUGCCAUGACCUUCCCGCUAGACCGCGCCCCUGCUGGAUUGACACCAAGCUCAGUCCCUGA